CAYCACCUUGAAACGAUAGYGUGUCAAAUGUGUCAUCUAUCGACGUCAAUUGCGAAGCGUCAACAGCAGGUUACCAACAAAUUUUCAAAAAAAUAAUCUGUCAAAUUAUUAAAUCAACGUUUGGAUCCAGUGUUUCCUUUCUUGAAGAUCGAGAUAAUGGCAAAAGUCAGUASAUAUUUUCAUUUGGUUAUGGUAGUACUGCUGUCAUUCUUUUCAGCUGUAAAAGGCGCAAUAGUUACACUCGUUUUCGUGGGUGAUGUUGCGUUAGAUGGGCCUUUCUUUUACCAAGACAAGCAUGGAUAUUGUUCUUACAACCAAACGUUCGAACUGGUUACCCAAUACCUUCGGGAAUCAGACUUGACCAUCGGCAAUCUUGAAGCGCCAUUCCUUACUGAGGACAUGGUAAAAUAUGAGCAGGAUGAAUUUUAUCCAAGACUAAGGAAUAGACCAGAGAGUGUAUACAGUUUAAAAYAUGCAGGUUUUAAUAUAAUGGGGUUAAAUAACAAUCAUUUGACUGAUUUCAAGGAAAAACCUAUUAACUUCACUAUCAGCCUUCUUAAAAAAAUCGGGAUCAAGACGUUUGGUUACACUCGUGGAACUGUGAACGAAAACAGACCACAGGUUCCACUGAUUAUUAAAGCCAAAGGUGUCACAAUAGGAUUUCUGGGAUAUUGUGAUAUAUUCAUGAUUGUUAACCCUGAGCGAUUUCAUUAUACUUGUAUUAUUCGCCAAGGGAAUGGGACAAUUGGUCCUUCCAUUUACACUGAUGAAAAUGCAAUCAGGGAUGUCAUUGCACUGAAGAAAAAGGUUGAUGUCGUGGCCGUCGUAAUGCAUUGGGGCGUCGAGCACCAAUUAACAAAUCUUAGCGAAUCUCAGUUAAGAAUCUAUGUUCAUUUGAGAAACUUGGGUGUUCAACUAGUUAUUGGUUCUCAUCCCCAUGUGUUGCAAGCGCACACAAUUGCUAAAUCUUCUUUUACAGCUUUUAGCCUUGGAAACUUUUUGUUUGAGCCAACUGGCCCUACUAGAUAUGAACCAUCGAGUUUUUAUUAUAACAAGGAUCCAGCCCCCAAGAUCUUCAAAGGGUUUAUGAAAUACGUAAUGGCUAAUCCCAACUUACCAAAUUUGCAAUCACGUAUAUUAAGAGUUCGUGUCAACAAGAAGGGCUUCGUCUCGGCGCAGUAUCUUCCACUGAAAAUUGGAUUUGAUAAUCGCUUACCUGACUUCAAGUGCUUUCGCCCUCAGCCACUACAGCCAGCUCGCUGGAUUGAUGUUUGCAGAAAAAAUGAUAAAGAAUGCUUAAGAUUUCAGACGGGACUUUAGAUAAAUGACAA